AUGGCGGCCGCCAUGGGCUUCUCCUCCUUUGGCGCGCAAAACCCUUCGAGCAAGAAGCGCAAAUACAACCCCCACAACGAUGCCGUCAUCGACAUCCAAGAUUCUGAGCACCACGGCACCGGAGCAAACUCGGGGCCUCUAGGAGAACGCCGGGCCCUCCCUGCCAAUGCCGACGAGACUACCGCGCAGAACGAGGACGGAGACGACGGCGCAGUCAACAACGACGGCGCCGCUGUUGUAGGAGCAGCCGGAGCCGUUUCUUCCGAUGCCAAUGCCGACCACUCGGGCUCGAUCGGGGCUGGGAUCGCCGGCUUGCCCCAGCGGCCGGCUCCUGCUCACGGUGGCUUCGCCGGCAACCAGCACCGGCGGGGCGGCGCGCCGCGACAAGCCUCGGGCGGUCAUCAUGCCAACAAACCGUGGUAUGAGGAUUACUACGAUCAUUUCUCGAAUGAGAAUCCUUGGGCGAAACUCGAGGAAGCUGCAGGUCUGCAACCAAUUUCAACAUGGGCACCGACUCCCACGACCAGGGAAGGAGCCCCAACGCACGCGGCUUGA